GUUAGCCUGACAGAUCGGUAGUAAGUAUAGCCGAUCUCGCGCGCGCGUGUGUGGAAGAUACGGCUCUUCCUUUUCUUUUGCGUCUGACGUACACGCACCGUUAGCUGGACACUUUAUUUUAAAUUGUUAACGUGAUUUUUCUCGUCAUAAAACGUAUCAUCAUCAUCGUCAUCGGUUGGCAGUUCGGGUUGACGGUGCAGGGAAUUGUCAAUCACAACAGUGUAGGCCAUGAGGUGGACGGGGUUGCUGCUCGCGCUGGUAGUCGCGGUGGGGCUCAGCGAGUGCGGGGCCGACAUCGUCUGGCCGGACGAGUACGAGAAGCUCAAGCGCGUGGGAGCGCGUAAGCCCGGCAAACUCCAGGGCAUGAAGCUCGCGUACAACGAGAGCGCGCAGAGACAGAUACCGGCAGCCGCUAGGCCAACCGGCACGCUCUUCGACACCUUCCUCCCGCUCAAGUGGAGGGACCACGUGCUGAAUCUGAUAUCGCGAGGUGUGGCCAAGUUCACGCUCGACAUGGACGGCGCGAUCGAGCGCACGAGUCCGGGCGGUGAGCUCGGCGGGAACCUCGUCUUCUCGCCGAUCAGCUUGACGGUGACGCUGGCCAUGAUACUAUUGGCGUCGAGCGGCCAAACUUUCCAGGAGGUCGUCAAGAUCCUGGGGCUUGAAUCCGGCGUCGACAUAACUCAUCACUCGGAGAUCGUCCACCAGAUGUUCGGGCUGCUACUUCAGGAGUCCGACAGGGGUCAUUUGCUCAACACCGCCGCGCCAGAGUGCAAGUUUGCCUUUGGCGUAUUCGUCAAUAACGGCUACCCGGUUCGCGAGCAGUUCAAAGCGGUGAGCCAGAAGAUCUACAAGAGCGAGAUCAUGAACGUUGACUUUGCGCGUCGGGGCAGAGAGGCCCAGGUGAUGAUCAACCAGUGGGUGAGUAACAAGACGUUGGGCAAUAUCAGGGAAAUCUUGAACGACCAGCCAAGUCCGUCGACUGCGGUCAUCAUUCUGUCGGCCCUGUACUUCAAGGGCGAGUGGAACCAGCACUUUAUGAAUCCGGGCACCAAAAGGAAACCUUUCGCCGUCUCGAAGAACGAAGUCAUACAGAUCGACAUGAUGUUCAACGUCGGGGAGUUUCCGUACUACGAGAACAGGAAUCUCGAUCUAAAAAUCGUCGGACUUCCCUACAAAGGCUUGGAGGUGAUGAUGUACGCGAUACUCCCGAUAAACAGCACGACGUCGCUGAAACAGUUGAAGAGCCGGUUGUCACCCGAAGUGCUGAACAGCCUGAUUGAAAACACGACGUCAAAGCAGUGCAUCGUGGGCUUCCCGAAGAUGAAGCUGUCCAACAGCCUAGAGUUGCAGAGCGCUCUCCGCUCGCUCGGCCUCAACUCGCUCUUCGACCCGGCCACCGCGGACUUGAGUGUCCUGUCGCAGGGCGUCAAAGGUGACAAUCAACAGCAGCGGCCACGAGCCAAGCGCCAGCAGCAGCGGCCGAUCGACGAGGAGUUCGUCCAGUUCCUCGACUCGGCGAACCUCCCCAACUUUGGCGUUGACGAGCUGAGGAACAGCGCCGGUCUGCGCAACCCGCACCUGUACGCCGAUGAGGUUUUCCACAAGGUCGAGAUGACGAUCGACGAGACGGGUACGGAGGCAGCUGCUGCGACCUCGGUUAUUCUCAACCGGUCCAUCGACAGCAAGAGGUUUAUCGCGGACAGGCCUUUCUUGUUCUUCAUACGCCACGAUCCGACCAAGACCAUAUGGUUCUGGGGCAACAUUCUGAGGCCUGAUUAUCCCACCACCACGUGAUCGGUGACUGAAUUUUCCCUUUUGCAUUUAGCGCGACGAGACUGCGGUGCAUUUUUUUUUCUCCUUAUAUUCUUUUGUACAUUUGUUACUUUUGUUUUUUAUGCAAGGUCUAUAUUAUUGAGCGUCUCUGUGUGGAUGUGUGUGCGGAAUGGUUUUGCAAUCACUGAAUUAGAGCUGGAAACUCGACUAAUUCGAGGCAACUCUGCCACAAGUCGCGAGAUAAGAGACUAUAAUUAUUUUAGAUUGGAAAAGAACCGAGUAGUUUCUUAUCGUUUUCAAAAUGAUGAAAUUAUGUAGAAAAAUGUCGGUGUUUUGUUGUAUUGGUCAUUUACCAAUGUAGAACAUUGUACUCUCAAAUAUUCAUAAAUUAUUAAGACUAAUUCAGUUACAUGGUGAUUUGAUUCUUUAUUUAAUAAAUAAAACCAAUGACUUUCAAAGAUA